AUGUCUGAGAGCGAUAUUGGUUUCCAGGCUGCUCUUGAAGAAGCCAGAAAGGGCGCUUCCGAGGGUGGUGUCCCCAUUGGUGCUUGUCUUGUUUCGGCAGAUGGCAAGAUCUUGGGCCGUGGACACAACUUGAGAAUGCAAGAGGGAUCUCCUACUAUUCACGGAGAAAUUGCUGCACUUAACAACGCGGGUAGACUCCCAGCUUCUGCCUAUGAAGGCGCUACUAUGUACACCACUCUCUCACCCUGCGACAUGUGCACUGGAGCUUGUCUUUUGUACAAAGUCAAGCGUGUUGUGCUCGGCGAGAACAGCACUUUUGUUGGUGGCGAAGAUUACCUCAAGCAGAGAGGCGUCGAGGUUAUCAACGUCAAGUCUGCCGAAUGUGAAGAUUUGAUGAAGAAGUUUAUCAAAGAGCACCCUGGGGAGUGGAACGAGGACAUUGGUGAGCAGUAG